UUUAAUGUUAUUUUCAGCGAUUGCUAAUUUCCAUUUAAAAAAUAGCUAUUUACAGCUUUUUUAAAAAUAUGUUAUAUCAAUCCAAUUGUCUGUUUACCCAGGAAUCCUUGGAUUUUUAAUUUUCUGGGUACAGAAGUGGAUGGGAGGGGAAAUGAUAAAAGAACAAAUUAUAAAAGUUUGCAACAUAACUUUUAAACUCAGUGUAUAGAAGUAAACAUAUUUAAGAAAAAUGUUUUCUAAUGAAACUUUAAUAAUUCUACUGUCAUACAAAUAUAACUACAGAAAGUGAAAAUUUUUUUUAAAAAAUAUUUUUAACCAGAAAGUGCAUUCUCUUAGGUAUAAUCCUAAAGUGCAAUGGGACAGUGCCUUGCAGUCUUAGCUCACUGUGUAUAAGCUGAGGCAAGGCUCUUUGUACCACUUCAGAUUUAAAAGUUUUUCAAAUGUAGAUGUGUGGGAAGCCCUAUUGAACUUAAGCAAAGCACUCAGGCAGACAAUACUCUUUCAGUCACUGAUAUACUUUAAAAUACCCAGUCGUGCCUCAGUUCUGAAAAUUAUUGCCAAUGAGGAGCCAGGGCAAUUUUUGGCUGCUUUUCUGCUCUGCCCAUCUGUCACCUGCCUGGUUUUCCCUUGCCCGGGAAGGAAGCAGCUGUUUCCUUGCCAACAGGUCUUUCCUUUCCACCUCCCACCAAACUAGGGCACCAUCAGUGAGACAAAGGUACAGUGUGACUCGGGUUUCUGACAGUGAGCAACAAAAAGGUCUGUGAGUUGUUUAAGCUCUGUGGUUAGAGCUAUAGCUGGAGUUGAUUGCUUUGGGGAUGUUGGUUAACUAAGGACUGAUGAUUUGCAAGAGAAACAGUGGAGAGUCACAUAGGAACCUGGGAAAGAAAAGAGUUUCAGAAAUGAUGAAUAGGCCACCCAUCACUACCAACUACAGAUGACUUACCAUUCUGUUUACAAAGAUGUCGUCAGCUGCUGAAAAUGAAGACGCAGCACCUGGAAAACAAAGCGAAGAAAAAACCUAUAAAAAGACUGCAUCAUCUGCUAUUAAAGGUGCUAUUCAGCUGGGAAUAGGAUACACAGUGGGGAAUCUCACUUCCAAGCCAGAACGAGAUGUUCUUAUGCAAGACUUUUAUGUGGUGGAAAGUGUGUUCCUACCCAGCGAAGGGAGCAAUCUGACCCCAGCACAUCACUACCCAGACUUCAGAUUUAAGACAUAUGCUCCACUAGCAUUCCGAUACUUCAGAGAACUUUUUGGUAUCAAGCCUGAUGAUUACUUGUAUUCCAUCUGCAGUGAACCUCUAAUAGAGCUCUCCAACCCUGGAGCCAGUGGGUCCUUGUUUUUUGUGACCAGUGAUGAUGAAUUUAUCAUCAAAACCGUUCAGCAUAAAGAAGCGGAGUUCCUCCAGAAGCUACUGCCAGGCUAUUACAUGAAUUUAAACCAGAAUCCCAGGACUCUUUUGCCAAAAUUUUAUGGCCUGUACUGCAUGCAGUCAGGGGGCAUCAACAUCAGGAUUGUGGUGAUGAACAACGUCCUGCCGCGCUCCAUGCGAAUGCACUUCACUUAUGACUUGAAAGGCUCCACCUAUAAACGAAGAGCAUCCCGAAAGGAGAGGGAGAAAUCCAACCCCACGUUUAAGGAUUUAGAUUUCCUCCAAGACAUGCACGAAGGGUUGUAUUUUGAUACAGAAACAUACAACGCGCUCAUGAAAACACUCCAGAGAGACUGCCGGGUGCUAGAAAGCUUCAAGAUCAUGGACUACAGCCUUUUGCUAGGAAUCCACAUCUUAGACCAUUCCCUUAAGGACAAAGAAGAGGAGUCCUCACAAAACGUGCCUGAUGCAAAGCGUCCUGGGAUGCAGAAAGUCCUCUACUCAACAGCCAUGGAAUCCAUCCAGGGUCCGGGAAAAUCUGGAGAUGGAAUCAUUGCAGAGAAUGCAGACACAAUGGGAGGCAUUCCAGCUAAAAGCCAUAAGGGAGAAAAAUUGCUUUUAUUUAUGGGCAUUAUUGACAUUCUACAAUCAUAUAGGUUAAUGAAGAAGUUAGAACAUUCCUGGAAAGCUCUUGUAUAUGAUGGGGACACUGUUUCAGUUCAUAGACCAAGUUUUUAUGCAGACAGAUUUCUAAAGUUUAUGAAUUCCAGAGUUUUCAAGAAAAUUCAAGCUUUGAAAGCCUCACCUUCUAAGAAAUGGUGCAAUUCCAUCGCUGCCUUAAAGGCAACUUCCCAGGAGAUUGUGUCCUCAGUUAGCCAGGAGUGGAAGGAUGAGAAGCAUGACUUGCUGACUGAAGGACAAAGUUUUAGCAGCCUCGAUGAAGAAGCUCUGGGAUCUCGACACAGGCCAGACCUGGUCCCUAGCACUCCAUCACUGUUUGAAGCCGCUUCCUUGGCAACCACUAUUUCGUCUUCUUCCUUAUAUGUCAGUGAACAUUGCCCACAAGACAGGACUACGCUUUAUUCAAACAGUAAAGGGUUACCUUCGAGUUCAACCUUCACCUUGGAGGAGGGGACCAUCUACCUGACUGCUGAGCCAAACGCCAUGGAAGUGCAGGACGACAGUGCCUCUGUGCUUGAUGUCUAUUUAGUAAAGAAACUGAGGCUCAGGAUGGCCAGUUCUCAACACCAGUACGUGGCAGUCAGAACUCAGUCCGGCUCCACACGCUCCUCUGUGCAGACUCGAAGCACCUAUCAUUGCUACUGACCACGGAUGCCGUCUCACCUCCACCUCAGGGACUCCUACUCCGUGUGAAGGAGAGAGAUAGAUCCAAAAAGGAAGAGGAAUAU